AUGCUGGAGACGGAGACAAAGGGAUCCCCUCCGCCCUCAGGGUUUCAUCUGGAAAAUACGGCGAACGAGAAACCCGACGACCAGACACCGACUCUCAAUGCGGAACUCCAACGAGAGAUCGAGGCUUUCGAGAACCGGACCCUAGAUUUCCGUACAUUCAUGGCCAUCAUCGCUCUGGCUUUCACAUAUGAAGCCCAUCUGCUAUGUUUUGUGCUUCCUGCAGCACUUCUCUUGACCAUCAACCGCGACAUUGGCCCUUCAGACCAGAUCAAUUGGGUAGCGACCUCGUGGACUCUCUCGGGUGCCGUGGCCCAGACAAUAGCUGGUAGUUGCAGCGAUAUUUUUGGUCGUCGAAACUUCACUAUUGCUGGUAAUCUCUUUGGUGUGGUUGGAUGCAUUAUUGCUAGCCAAGCGACGUCCGUCAACACAAUCAUCAUCGGAAUGAGUCUCAUGGGUUUUGGAACUGCUCCUCAACUACUCUCACUCGCCUGCGCAACUGAAAUCGUCCCAAAAAGGAAUCGAGGCGAAACUCUUGCUUUUCUCAAUCUCGCGUCCCUUCCUGGAUCGGCUUUUGGAUCUGUAAUCGCUUAUGCACUGGCUGAACACCUCAACUGGCGAUGGGCGUUCUAUCUGGGGAUUAUUGCCAACGGACUUGCUCUCGUCCUCGUCAUCAUCUUCUAUUGGCCUCCUGGAUUUAUUGGCUUACAUCCUGAGGGCAAGACUCGCAUGCAACAAUUCAAGGAGCUUGAUUUUGUUGGACUCCUCCUCUUCGGAGGAGGUUUGACCAGUUUCCUCCUGGGAGUCUCGUUCGGGGGCAAUCCAUAUGACUGGAUCAGUGUCACCGUUUUCAUCCUCUUCCCGAUUUGGGAGAUAUACUCUCCAGAUACAAUCACCAAACUUUGCCCUCCAUAUUUAUUCAAGAAUGUCCGAGGAUUCACACUUCCUCUUAUCGUGAUCUUUGUCACUGGGAUGCUGCUGAUCAGCCUUCAAGUCCUCUGGCCGCAACAGGUCCAACUUCUCUUUACCACCGAUCCAGAAUCCGUUGGCUGGUACAGCCUUGCAUAUAAUGCAACGGGAGUGUUGGGUGCCCUCAUUUCAGGCCCAUUAUUUGCACGAAUCAAAUUCACUCGAGUACAGUUUGUUGCGUACACCGCAUUGCAAGCCGUUUUCAUUGCUGCUAUGGCAUCCGUUACCCAACACACCGCAGCGAAAGCCAUUGUUUUCGUGGCGAUUGCAGCAUUUGGUGUCGGAGCUUCCCAGAUCGUUGGGAUUCUUUUCGUCCAAUUCGGCGCAAAGGACAAGCAAAUUGGAGUCGCCACAGGACUCACAGGAACCUUUCGAGCCACAGGCGGCUCUAUCGCCAUUGCCAUUUACACUAGCAUCAUCAACCAGCAGUCUUCAAACAACCUAGUGCCAAGUGUCAGCGAGGCCACGGUGAAAGCCGGACUACCACCGACAUCGGUCCCAUCGCUGCUGCAAGCGUUGCAGGCAAUGCUGUCAGGAACCGGGGCCGCGCCUCCGAGUGUUCCAGGCCUGACUCCAGCAGUCGUGGUAGCGGCGGAAGACGCCGUCAAGACCGUCUAUUCAAAUGCUUACCAACUAGUCUAUUUGGUUAGCAUUACUUUUGGGGGUGAGUGGUUACGUUCCCGAACAAAAGAAAAAGAGAAGAAGAGAAGUUGA